AUGAGCGGUGGAGAUACAGUUCGUGAACAAUUUUCUGCCUUACAAAAACAACAAAAAGAACGAUUGAAUCAAUUAAAAGAAAAAUCCAAUAAGAAAAAAGUAUCAACUGUUGAUGCAAGUGUUUCAAUGAAUCUUGAAGUGGAUUCAGGUCCAUUUCCAUUAGAAGAGAAUAAUAAUGUCAUUGCUUCGAUUAUUGCUGGUCAACAAGAAAAUUUAAAUGAACAAAUUCGAGAAUUACGUGAUGAAAAUGGUCGUCUUCGAAAACUUUUAGCUGAAAAAGAUUACGAAAUUGGUUAUUUACGUCGUAUUCAAGAAGAAGAACGUCAAGCAUUUAUAGGUUCUAAUACAGUUGGUGGUGAUGCAAUAGCAACUAAAGUUGUUGAAUUAUCAAAAAAGAAUCGAGAAUUAUCUGCUGAAUUAGAAAGUGAAAGAGCAAAACUAAAAAAAUUAUCAAUUAAAUGUAAAGAACUUGAAUCAAUAAAUAAUAAAACACAAGGUGAUGUACGACGAUCUUCAAUUAAUGUUGAUGAAGUAAGUUUUAAUUAA